AUGCUGCUGACGCAGCCCCUGCGGUGUUGGAGGUGCAGGCCUCCAUCUCUCCCCUCGCGCCCUCCCCGGAGAACUUCCAGUCGGCCGAUUCUUUCUCUCGGAGGCGCCUCUCCACGUGUCCUGACCACCUCGUCCACUCCUUUAUUUAAAAUCGCCUCGCCCCUUGUCGCCGGCUCGUCUCAGGCGUCGGUCCGCUCAUCCCGUGCAUUGUUCACACCACUCCCCAUGACGCAAACUCGAGGCCAUGGUGGCCAUGGCCACGGCCACGGUCACCACCACCACCACGACAAUGUCUACCUCACGUCGACCAACAAACACGAUGCGGGCGUCCGCAUCACCCGCAUUGGCCUGGUCGCCAACCUGGGCAUGGCGAUCGGCAAGUUCAUCGGUGGUUAUGUCUUCAACUCGCAAGCGCUGAUUGCCGAUGCCUACCAUGCGCUGGCCGACUUGGUCUCGGACUUUUUGACCCUGGGUACCGUGGCCCUGUCGCUGAAACCGCCCAGUGAACGCUUCCCGAAUGGAUAUGGCAAGGUGGAGAGCAUUGGAGCGCUGGGCGUCAGCGGCCUGCUUCUGUGUGGGGGUGUUUUUAUGGGCUUGAACGCAAGUCAGGUGUUGCUCGCACAAUUCUACCCCGAUCUGGCGGAGAUGCUGGCACACUCGGGUCUGUUGGGACAUGGUCAUUCACACAGUCACGGCAUCGAUGUACACGGUCCAAGUAUCCAUGCUGCCUGGCUGGCCGCGGGUUCAAUUGUGAUUAAGGAGUGGUUAUACCAUGCAACCAUGAAAAUCGCCAAAGAACGCAAAUCCUCUGUCCUCGCCUCCAAUGCGGUCCACCACCGUGUGGAUUCCCUCACCAGUAUCGUCGCGCUGUUCACCAUCGGUGGGAGCUACGUCUUCCAAGAUGCCACCUGGCUGGACCCGGUGGGUGGGCUGUUGAUCUCGUUGAUGGUCAUCAAGGCCGGUUGGGCCAACACCGCGACCUCACUUUUGGAACUGGCCGACACGACCGUGGACGCCGACAUCAAAAAAUCCGUCCACAGUGCCGCCACCAAGGCGUUGCAGGAGCUUGCCCGGGGCGAUCAGGUGGUGGUCCGGGAUGUCCAGGGUAUGAAAUCGGGCCAGAACUACCUUAUGGACAUUGAACUCGCCGUGCCCGGUGCAUGGGCCCUGACCCAGUCGCGCUCUGUGGAAGAGGCCGUUCGUCAGACGGUCGGCGAGAAAGUGCGCGGCGUCAAGCGGGUCAAGAUUCGCUUCGUCCCCACGGAACAGCCGGAGCUGUCAUUCUACGAGGAGUUUGUCUCGCAGGAUACUACGGUCAUCAAGGAGCCCGAGGAGGACGGUCACGGCCAUGAUCACGACCAUGAUCACGGCCAUCACUCCGGGGGCGCAGAGUCUCGGAAGGAGCAAUAG